AUGAACCCGAGCAAAUCGCUGUUGCAGCUGCACAGCGAGGUAGCAGAAUGUACGCACGCAGCAGCUUUUCGGUGCUUUACGACUCUUUCGUCUCCGACUACCACUGGCCAGCCUGAACGAGUACACUGCAAUGGCGCACUGCAAUUCCGAGCCUCCAAAUUGCAAAAAUUUCAUGCAUGUGAGAGCAAACAAGCUCACGCUUGCUUGCUGCCACAUGCACGAAAAUUUUGCUCAGAAACUUGCCGAAACCCUGUACAGUCUACUGUUUCCGUUGCGCGCGGCGACAAUUUCCGAGCGGUGCUGGAAUCCGCGCACGUUACUCAAAGACUUCGACGAUGCACCACAAACCACCGCGGCCUCUCUCUUUUGUCAGUUGCGAUACCCAAGAAAGGUGAACAGAUCCUGUUUCAUCGUGGUCAUGAGGCCCCUGUCGGCUUGGUCGUCAUUAUGCGCGACGAGGCAACUGGCGCCGUGACGUGCCAAUUUCGUUGA